GACUGUCAACAAUAAUUAAAAUUUGACACAAAAAAAGCAUUUAAAAGGCUAGUCAAAAGUGGAAAAACUACGAAUUUCAUUGAUAUUUUGCCCGAAACAAAUAUUUAAUAAGAAAUAAUGGCUGCAAUCCAUGCAGUUCACCAGUGUUUAUUUUGUCCACAAACAUUUGGCAGUGCCACCGAGAAGGACGAUCACAUUUUGGUGCAUUUUGCUCAAGAGACAUGCACGGAUUGCAAUCAAAAAUUGAUUCGAAUCGGAAGCAAUUGGUACACACUACACAAUGCAGUGACGUGCGUUAAGAAUGUGAAUAUGAGAGCACCGGGACACCACAAUGCAUCACGUCAUGUCAAUCAACCAAUGCACAAGCCCGGAACUCAGUAUACCCUGAACAGUGUCUGUUACCCGGCGAAUUUUUCAACAUUCGAAAAAACGAUUUGCGUCGAUGGUGUACAAACUAGGCCGGAACUAUUUAAACAAUAUGAACAACGGGGCGUGCCAAUUAACAAUGAAUUUGCAAUAAGUCAUGAAAUCAGUAAUGAUACCGAAUCAAAGCCAAUGCUUCAAGUGGAUAUAAUUGAAGACGAUAGUUAUUUGGAUAGUAUGCAACGGUAUUUAAGCAGCAACACACAUGACAAUAAUGAACAACAAUCGAAAAAGAAUAGCGCACGAAAGAGUUGCAACGAAAGUGAUAGAGCCGAAUGCGAUAUUUGUGGACAGGCAAUGUCUUUCAAGUCCAUUUCAAAUCAUAAGAAACUGAAACACACGGCACCAGGUACGCACAUUUGUCGAAAUUGUCGCAAAAUUUUCCCCAACGAAGACGAACUAUGGCAACACAAGACAGAGUGUCGAACUCGAAAGAAAACAAAAAAAUGGCAUAAAAUUGGCGAAUCAGAUGGAAGUGAAAAAGCAACACGAUCCACAUUGGCCUUUCACAGACAUUUCAUGUGCCAUGACCCGAAUUUUAUGUUGAAUCAUAAUCCAGGUGUUCAGAAAAAUGUUAUUGUUGCGUGUGAAGUUUGCGGUGAAGUCAUGACCAGCGAACUUAUCGUAAAACAUAAAAGGGCCGUGCACGGUGGGCCGGGUGCUCAUCUAUGCAAAAAUUGUGGCAAAUUAUUUUGCAGCAAAGAUAAAUUGUCGAAACAUCGGCGCGAAUGUAAGCAUGAAUUUAACAAAGUGAAUGAAGUCAGUUGUGAUAUAUGCGGCCAAGUAAUGUCUUUCAAGUCGAUUUCAAAUCAUAAAAAACUGAAACAUGCAGCCCCCGGCACACCUAUUUGUACAAUUUGCCGUAAAGUGUUUACAAAUGAGAAUGAACUUUCGCAGCACAAAUUGGAGUGUCGAAUUAAAAAGAAAAAUCGAUAAUUAGAAAAGACAUUUUUUAAAUUUUUCAAAAGAAAUAUCGAAUGAUAAUCGAUUUAUCGCUCGCAGCCACUGUAACAAAAGGUGUCCGAAAAGAGACAAGCCAUUCAUGAGAUUAUACAAAAUAAUUGUACUUUAUACAGUCUUGGAAAUUGCCAAUGAUUUUUCAAACGAACAAAAAAAUGAUAGCCGAUAGAGUUGAACACCUAAAUAUAAACGAACAUUAAUAACAAAUGCCUCAACUUUGCCUCUAGAAACAUUUUUAAAAAUAUAAUCAUACACAUAUUCGUAUUGAAUGAAUCUAAUAAAUUUUAAAAAUAAUUUACUUA